GUUUUCACUGCUAGAGAAGAUAACGUGUAAGAGAGAGAGAGAGAGAGAGAGCAAUGGAUUACUCCACCAUGUUAUUCCCAUGGACCUUGAUAGUGCUGGCAUUCAUUCAUAUUCUGUUACUCGCAAGAAAGAGAUCAUCUUCUAAUGGCAAGCUCCCACCAAGUCCCAUCUCACUUCCCAUUGUGGGAAGCCUCCUCAAACUCGGCAGCAAACCCAACGAAUCACUCGCUCAGCUCGCCAAGACAUAUGGCGCACUAAUGACACUUAAGCUUGGCUCGGUAACCAGGAUCAUCGUUUCAUCAUCGAUCAUAGCCAAAGAGGUCCUUCAGAAAAACGAUCACUCCUUCACCGGUCGACCUGUCCUGAUGCCUUCAGUGGACUUGGAUCCUACACAUCAUCCUCUAUAAUCUGGUCACAGCCAACAACACAUUGGCGAAAGCUACGGAUGAUAUGCAAUACACAAAUGUUCACAACAACAAGGCUAGCAGCCAACCAAAGCCUUCGCCGCUACAAAGUGCAAGAUCUAAUCAUUCACAUGCAUGAGCAUUGCCUAGCAGGAAGACCAGUCCAUAUUGGCCAAGCCAUCUUCGCUACCAUCUUCAACUUGAUCUCUAAUACCAUAUUCUCUAUAGAUUUGGUAGAUCCCGACUCCGAUUCUGCGCAAGAAUUCAAGGAUGUAGUUUGGGAAAUUAUGAAAGAGAGUGGAAGGACGAACCUAGGGGACUAUUUCUCAGUGCUGAGGUUGAUCGACAUACAAGGCAUUAGGCGUCGCACUACUGGCUGUUACAAAAAAUUGUACAGAAUUUUCGAUGAAAUGAUUGCCCAACGAACAUUAUCUAGAUCGACAUUAUCUGAUUCUCCUAGAAGAAAUGACUUCCUCGAUGUGCUUCUCGAUCAGAAGGAUAAGAAUGACUUUGAAUUUUCCUACGAUAAUAUCAAGGCAGUACUUGCGGAUCUAUUUAUUGCUGGAAGUGAAACAAGCUCAACCACUGUAGAAUGGGCCAUGGCAGAGUUUCUCCGCAACCCAGAUUGCAUGGCAAAGGCUCGAAUGGAACUUACGGAGACAAUUAGCUCAGGACAACAAGUGGAAGAGUCAGACAUCGACUGUCUCCCAUAUCUACAAGCCAUUGUGAAGGAGACCUUGCGUUUACAUCCACCAAUUCCAUUCAUUUUUCGCAAAACUAUAAUGGAUGUAGAAAUAAGUGGUUUUGCCAUACCCAAGAACACCUGUGUUCCAGUGAAUGUUUGGGCAAUAGGGAGAGAUCCCGACGUUUGGGCUGACCUACUCUCCUUCUUGCCCCAAAGGUUUUUGGGGAGUGACAUUGACUUCAAAGGUCAAGAUUUCGAGCUCAUUUCGUUUGGAUCGGGCCGGAGGAUUUGCCCAGGCUUGCCACUUGCAUUUAGGAUGGUCCAUCUAAUGUUGGCCUCUCUUCUGCAUUCGUUCGACUGGAAACUUCCCAAUGGAAUGAUGCCAUAUGAUAUGGACAUGAGCUCCAAGUUCGGCCUCACUCUACAAUUAGCUGCCCCUCUUUGUGCUAUCCCUAUGCUAGAUGGCUAGCAUUGCCUAGAUAAGUAAGUCUUGUUUCAUUUCCAAUUUUCACCACAUAUGUGGUUAACUAUCAUGAAAUAGGGCCAAGAAUCUUGAGGCCACACCAUGGAUGUCUCCUGGUGCUGAAAUGGUAACGUCUUUAUGAUUCUAGACAUUUGCUCUAUGAACUUUUGUUCCCCCUGGAUUCUGCAACAUUGAUUUGGGCUAUAUUUUCCUCAGGCAGUGGUUGAAAUGCCCUACAACUAGUAGGGAGCUUCUUAAUAGAGGGAAUCUGCCAUGCAUAGUUUGUUUAUGUAUCCAAUUCAAUGAGUUUCAUUGUUGAAUCAGUUCUUCAGUGUAUUAAUCUAAAUCUUAAUUAGCAAAACUCCAUUUUCAACUCUGUAA